AUGGAGAGUUAUAUGAGUUCAAGACUCUACAAAGCAGCUGCAUCAGGAGAUGUUGAUUAUCUAUUAUCAGAAACAGUGUCAGAGGAGAGAAAGGAGAGGCUUAAACGGGAUCUCCUCAGUAGAACACACGAGGAAAGUUAUUGCCUCCACGUAGCUUCAAGGUUUGUUUUACCAGCAAAAAAUAAAAAAGCAGUGAGGUUUGGACAUGAAGAGUUCGUGAGAAGUGUUGUUAAUCUUUUCCCUUCCCUUUUAUAUCAGCAAAACUUGAGAGGAGAUAACCCACUUCAUGUCGCUUCCAGGGCUGGUCACCUUGACAUUGUCAAAAUCCUUAUUGAUUCCUUCCAGCAGCUCCAGCAUCCUCAGAGUACUGAAAGAGCUGGAGAUGAUAUAAUUAUAGAGAGGUCUCUGAGAGAAGCUGAAGAAGGGGAAAGGCAUUCCAUUCAGCUUCCUCUAAGUUCUCAUAGUGAAAGUAGUAGCACAGGAAAUGUAGUAAUAGUGGUAACAUCAUCAGAAUGGGCUUCACCGCCAAUAGGGAGAACUCAAAACAAUGAUGGCAGCACAGCCCUUCAUGAAGCGUUAAGGAGCAAACACGAGGAGGUGGCACUCCAUUUACUGGAUCUGGACAAAGAACUGGUCGCCGGCCUUGUUGUGAAUGCCAAAGAUGAGAGUCCCUUGUACCUGGCUGCUGAAGCUUGCUUUGUUGGUGUGUUAAAAAAAUCAUUAGCGCAGGCGGGAGGGGUAACGCUGUUGGUCCGAUGGGUCAGACCGCCUUACAUGCUGCAGUUUUCUCUGAAAGCGAAAGUUUUAUGGCUAAUGCUUAAUGAACUUGCUUUGCAUGAAAAUGCCAGAGUGCAUGGAAGUUUUACACAAUUCUGUUCCAGAACUCAUCAGAAAACGAGAUUCAUAUGGAAAAACAGCUCUAUACUAUGCAGCACAGUCAAAUUAUAUCAACAUAAUUUCUUGCUACUGGAGUUGGAUGCUUCUUCUGUAUACAUAUGUGACAAUAAAGGGCUUUCACCACUGUUAGCUGCAGCCAGCAACCAUAAUUGUUCUAAAGCUGUUCGGGCUAUACUAGAUGCCUGCCCUGCCUCAAUUGCGUCUUCAGAUGAUAAUGGUCACAAUGCUCUUCACUUAGCUGUGAAAUAUAACUAUCCAGAUACGUUUGAAGAUUUGUGGAGAAUGCCAGAAAUAAAGGCCCUUAUAAAAGAACCUGAUCACCAAGGGAAACGCACCACUGCAUCUAGCAACCAUGGCAUGGGACCUUCCCCUUUAUUUUAUAAGACAGAGAUACUGUGGAAGUUGGAAGGAAGAAAGGCAUCUAUGGGUAGAGUUCGCCCCUUAAUGAGUAUCCCUUAUUGGGAUCCAAACAGCAACAGCACAACGGUGGAAGAAGAUGCAGAAUUGGUACAAAUGGCCAACACGCAGGCAGUGGUGGCAGCACUCUUUGUUACAAUAACUUUUGCCGCAGCUUUUACAAUACCUGGCGGUUUCAAGGCGGAUGGUUCUGGUACACCAUCACUCGUACACAAGCCAGCCCUAAUAAUCUUCUGCUUAUCAGAUGCAAUUGGCAUGUCUUUCUCCAUGGCGGCACUGGCUGUCCUCCUUAAUGCCACAGUAUUUGGUCAGAAAGCUUUCUCAAAAACAACUAUUCUUUAUAGUAUGUUCUUACUUUUCUUCGCAGUCUAUGCAUCUAUGAUUGCUUUUAUUUCUGGUUUUUAUGCUAUGAUAUCGAUGGAGUCUACGAAUCAGUCUAUGGCGAGUUAUAUGAGUUCAAGACUCUAUAAAGCAGCAGCAGCAGGAGAUGCUGGUUAUCUAUCGUCAGAAACAGUAUCGGAGGAGAGAAAGGAGAGGCUUAAACGCGAUCUCCUCUGUCUGACACACGAGGGAAGCAAUUGCCUCCACAUAGCAGCAAGGUUUGGACGUGUAAAGAUCCUGCAGUUUCAAUGUGAAAUGUUCGUGCCGUAUUCAUUUUGCCCAUGCCUUCUAUAUCAGCGAAACAAGAGAGGAGACAACCCACUACAUGUCGCUGCCAGGGCUGGUGACCUUUGCUUGGUCAAACUCUUUACUCAUUCCUUCCUGCAGCACCAGCCUCCUCAAAAUUCUCAAAGCACUGAAAGUGCUGGAAAUAGAGCAAUAGCAGGAGAAGGGAACCAGGAGAACAGCACAAACCUUACUGAUUCCGUCCAGCGUCUUUUAAUUGCUCAGAGUCAAAGCAUGGGAGAUAAUAUGAUUUUGCAGAGGUCUCUGAGAGAGGCUGUGGAAGGGGAAAGGCCUUCACGUCCAAUUAUAUGGGGGAGUACUCAAAACCAAGAUUCCAUUCAGCCACAUCCUCCAAGUUCUCAAAGUGGAAGUACUUCAGAAUGGCCUUCAAUGCCAAUAUGGAGAACUCAAAACCAAGAUGGCAGCACCGCUCUUCAUGAAGCGUUACGAAGCAAACACGAGGAUGUGGCACUCCACCUACUGGAUCUGGACAGUGAACUGGUCGUCGGUGUUAUCAAUGCUAAAGAUGAGAGUCCCUUGUACCUGGCUGCUGAAGCCGGCUUUGUCAGCGUCUUAAAAAAAAUCCUUGGCGCAGGCGGGAGGAACAACACUGUGGGCCCUAUGGGUCUGACUCCGUUACAUGCAGCAGUUUUCUCUCAAAGCGCUGAUUGCAUAAAAGCUCUACACAAUUCGAUUCCAGAACUCAACAGAAAAAAAGAUCAAUUUGGAAAAACAGCUCUAUACUAUGCAACACAGGAAAAGUAUAUCAGAAUAAUGCGUCUACUAUUGAAGUUGGAUGCCUCUUCUGCAUAUAUAUGCGAUAACGAAGGCCGCUCACCUCUGUUAGCUGCCGCCAGCAUGGGUAACUGUUCAACUGUUGAGGCCAUACUAGAAGUCUGCCCAGACUUAAUUGAGUCUUCAGAUGACAGUGGCCACAAUGCUCUUCACCUAGCUGUGAAAUAUAACUCUACCAAGAGGUUGGAAAGUUUCUUGGAAUUGCCUGGGAUGAUAACCCUUAUAAACGAACCUGACCAUGAAGGGAACACGCCGCUUCAUCUAGCAACCAUGGCCCGUCAUUAUCACAUGAUACCAGCAUUGUCACGUACAAAUUAUGUGGACUUGACAGCCAAGAAUAACGAUGGGAAAACAGCUUUGGAUUUGUAUAUUUUGGACCCGAGACCUGCUUCCACUUUAUAUGACAAGGGACUAACCUCGUCGCAUUUAAGAAAAGCAAAUGUAUCUAGGGGUCGAGUUCGUCCCCUAAUGCGCGUUUCUGUUGGGGAUCAAAGCAUCGACGAAGCACAAAACAAGAAUCUGAGGGAAUUCGCCAACACAUUGGCGGUGGUGGAAGCACUCCUUGUCACGGUAACUUUUAUGGCAGUUUUUCAAGUACCGGGCGGUUACAAGACUAAUGGCUCUCCAGCACUCAUACACAACGCAGCUCUAAUAAUAUUCUUCUUAUCAGAUUUAAUUGCCUUGGGUUUCUCCUCGAUGGCUUUGAUUUUCGUCAUUCCUGCCAUGUCGAAUGACAUGCCCAUCGCACGAUCAUCAAUCGUAAACAGUGUAUAUUUGCUUAAUGCGGCUCUCUCCGCAUGUGUUAUUGUUUGUAUUUCCGGUUUUUACGCGGUACUCAAGAUAGAGUCCACGUGGAUGGCAAUUCUUGCCUGCGUCAUGUGCUGCGCGUUCUACCUUCUUUUCCAAAUGGCAUUAGAUUUUGUCCAGACCAAUGUUUCAUGGGUUCCAGUUGACAAGGAGGCACCCCACGGGAGUAAAUAAUUAAUCUGUACUCAAUACCAAGACACCAAUAAUUGACGUAAAAUUGGAAUGAGCAUUAAAAUUCAUUCAUUUUUUUUUUUCUUUUUUUUGGUGAGAGACUACUUAUUCACUGCUGCAUGCUUCAAAUUUUCCAUGGUCUUUGUAUGUGGUUUGAAUAAAUGGAAACUAAUGUUUCAGUUUCCCUU